UGUCACUGCCAGGGUAUGGCUAUAUGACGGUGUCACUGCCAGGGUAUGGCUAUAUGACGGUGUCACUGCCAGGGUAUGGCUAUAUGACGGUGUCACUGCCAGGGUAUGGCUAUAUGACGGUGUCACUGCCAGGGUAUGGCUAUAUGACGGUGUCACUGCCAAGGUAUGGCUAUAUGACGGUGUCACUGCCAGGGUAUGGCUAUAUGACGGUGUCACUGCCAAGGUAUGGCUAUAUGACGGUGUCACUGCAAGGGUAUGGCUAUAUGACGGUGUCACUGCCAGGGUAUGGCUAUAUGACGGUGUCACUGCCAAGGUAUGGCUAUAUGACGGUAUCACUGCCAGGGUAUGGCUAUAUGACGGUGUCACUGCCAGGGUAUGGCUAUAUGACGGUGUCACUGCCAAGGUAUGGCUAUAAAUAUCUAUGGUAGUUCAAUUAUUAUGGAGAUAUCAACCACAAAGUAUAAUAUGAAUGAACAGAGAUGGAUUCCAUACGUAUAUGAUUAUACUGCAGCGUCCAGACAGCUACCCAGUCAAAAACACAUCCAGACACUCAACACAGGGAACAGUAAAUCACUUCAUUGUUAAUAAUGAGAUAUCUGAAAUCUUGUGAGUUUAUCUAUACUUUGCAGUGGCAACAUGGAUGAAAUGUUAUUUAAUGAGUCGAACGCAAAAGUUACGAACGUUUUGAUUAUAAAGGUAAUAACUAUUUUAUGAAUGAAAUUUUGUUUAUUGUGUGUGUGUGUGUGUG